GAUUCUGUAACCCUUUGCUCCUACCCCUUCAUCUUCGAUGCCCAAGCCAAGACCAAAAUGCUGCAGACUGAUGCGGAGUUGCAGAUGCAGGUGGCAGUCAAUGGAGCCAACCUGCAGAAUGUCUUCAUGCUUCUCACCCUGGAGCCUCUGCUGGCCAGAAGCCCCUUCCUGGUCCUUCAUGUCCGCAGGAACCACCUUGUUGGAGAUGCCCUGAGAGAGCUAAGCAUUCAUUCUGACAUUGACCUGAAGAAGCCUCUCAAAGUGAUCUUCGAUGGGGAAGAAGCAGUAGAUGCUGGUGGUGUUACAAAGGAAUUCUUUCUUUUGCUGUUGAAAGAACUUUUGAAUCCCAUUUAUGGGAUGUUUACCUACUAUCAAGACUCACAGCUCUUGUGGUUUUCAGAUACAUGUUUUGUAGAGCGCAACUGGUUUCACUUGAUUGGCAUAACCUGUGGACUAGCUAUCUACAACUCCACUGUGGUUGAUCUCCACUUCCCACUGGCUCUCUACAAGAAGCUACUGAAUGUAAAGCCUGGCUUGGAAGAUUUAAAGGAGCUGUCACCAACUGAAGGAAGGAGUCUUCAAGAACUUCUAGAUUACCCGGGUGAAGAUGUUGAGGAGACUUUCUGCCUCAAUUUCACGGUGUGCCGAGAAAGCUAUGGGGUGAUUAAACAGAAGAAGUUGAUACCUGGGGGAGACCGAGUGGCCGUGCGCAAGGACAACAGGCAAGAAUUUGUGGAUGCUUAUGUUAAUUAUGUUUUCCAAGUCUCCGUUCAUGAGUGGUAUACAGCCUUCUCCAGUGGCUUCCUGAAGGUCUGUGGGGGCAAAGUCCUGGAGCUCUUCCAGCCUGCAGAACUACGGGCCAUGAUGGUGGGGAGUAGCAACUACAACUGGGAAGAACUGGAAGAGACUGCCGUCUACAGGGGCGAUUAUUCAGGCACACAUCCCACUGUGAAACUAUUUUGGGAGACAUUCCAUGAGUUCCCUCUAGAGAAGAAGAAGAAGUUUCUCUUGUUCCUGACAGGCAGUGACCGGAUUCCCAUCUAUGGAAUGGCCAGUCUGCAGAUUGUCAUCCAGUCCACAAUCCAUGGGGAGGAGUACUUACCUGUGGCCCACACCUGCUACAACCUGCUUGACCUCCCUAAAUAUAGCAGCAAAGAGAUUAUGAAGGCUAGGCUGACCCAGGCCCUCGACAAUUAUGAAGGUUUUAGUUUGGCCUGAGGCUCCCCAGCUCACCCAGGAUGUCCUUCCCUUCCUCAGUGACCACAUUGCAGCGGAUACAAAAUAUCAUGGGGAGUGAUUUCUAUUUUUUUAUUUUCUAAGUAGAUGGAGACUUUUGAAUCCUAAAUCCCAGUCAGUGUGUUUCUGUAGUUCAGUAGUAAGUAGUCUUUUUGAAAAAUCAAUGGUUGGGAACUGGCCCCCAAAACUGGCUUUAGUAUGGGAGGUGGAUUGGAUUUUGCUUUGUUUUGUUUUACACCAAGGUACCUGUUGUCCCUUCGUCUGUGAAUGUGUUGGGAUCUGCUGGAUUAAACUGCAGUAGAUUGUAAGCUUUUGUUUCCAAAAUGCAUCUGAGCCCCGGUGUUUCUUCUCCAUGCUUCCCUGCUCUUUUCCUAGCUUCUGUCUCUGCUGCCGAGAUGACUGAUUGACAUAUCCCUUCUUGCCUGCCAUGCAGAGUGUCCCUUUCUCUGCAGCUUUGGAAAUGCAUGGCUUGUUGUAGCCCAGUCCAGCCCACAGUGGAAUAGGCUUCUUCAGAACUCCUAAUCCCAAAAGGCUGAGUCUGGGUCCAUGACAUAACUCUUGAGACAUUAUGGGAGUCUUUACGAACACACCCUGCUUAAAGAAAAUAGGUCACGAAGGAACUGCAGCCUUCUGUGACUGCCCACUGCCUAGGCCUCCCGAAAGACACAUACAACAGCCUCAGAUGGCAGGUGGGCUGCAUGUGUGUUGUUAGCCAUGAUACCUGGAUAGACAAUGAAUUAGUAGACCCAUUUACCUUGCUUUUGAAGCAAGUUGCAUUUUCUUGUCUACAUAUUGCCCAAGAAUGGUAUAAUUAAUAAACUUCGGUCCCGUUAUUACUUUAUGUCUACUGCUCUUUCUUUCUUACCUUUUCUUUCCUAUGUUCCCCAACCCUUCCUUUCCUCUGCUCUCUUAUUCUUCCUUGUCUUUGCUACUUGAAUUAAUUCUCCACUUCCUUCUGCUAGUGGAUGCAUGCUGUCUUUUUUUAUUUUAAAUUUUGUAAGAUUUUUUUUAACUUCUGUCUCUAACUGUUAAAGUAUGAAGAUACUCUUUAUGAUAGAGUUUUUGUUUAUCACAUUUGAAAUGUUCAUUUACAGUGGGAUUUCAGCAGGGGAAUUAUGUUUAAGUCAAAUAAAUACAUGUGUCUCAAAAAUGACGUGUCUAACUGCUUAGCAUUCGAUAAGAAAAUCCUACAUGAUCAAAGAACUCAUGUAAUGCUGAUUUUAAAUAUGUAGUAGCUAGAGAAAAGAUUUUAUUUAUAUAAAAUGAAGUACAUAUAGAUUGUGAUGCAGCCUUGAGUCUUGAUGGAAGGAAUGUAGAUUUUUGCUUUUUCUUUUUCUUUUUAAAAGUUACUCCAAUUGCUAAAUUGGUAGUUUUUCAGUCCUUAUAAAUACAACAUUUAAAAAAGAUA